AUGGCGCAGCCGUCGGGGGCACGCCAGGCUCUGGCAGUUGACCCUUCGACAAUUCCUCUUCUCUCACCCAAUACCAUUUACAGACUAGAUAGCGAUCUCAACAGCAACCCGUUUUGUGUCUCGGUUAAUACAGCCAAUCGCCAGCAGCUGGAUACGAUUGGGACAUUGCUUUGGAAUGACUGCACCAAUCUGAUUAUCUCGCGUGGUCACAAUCCGGAGGAUGUGCUACUGCUCGGCAAAGUGAGGGCUCUCGCGUUUGCCAUCUUGAACAUGGCUGUCUUGCCUGAUCUGAUAGGCAGUAUCAGGGCCCUCGAUCUAGCCCUCAAGGCGGCGCAUAUUUGCAUCGUGAACCAGCAGCUCGAAAUUGCACUGAAUAUCUUGUCAGUGGCCGCUCUGAGGCUUGCAAGUGUUCAGCCUGCUCAUCUUGGGCUUAAUCCUGCGAUUAACUGUACUCUCACCACCCGAUACUUCUUGCUUCGUAUUCGACUGGCCUGGUUGCACAAUCGAGUAGAUAUCGCCGAGCAUUUCUUCGCCAAGCUCCCUACGCCGAUUAUGACGAAUGAUGAAGAGUUGAUUUUCGAAACUUGUUUUAUCAUUGGUGACUCUGCACUCGCACGGCGCCUGCCUGACAUCGCAAUCACAUGGCUGCAGAGAGCGAAAGACCACUUGGAGACCCUGUCCAUUAAGACUCUGGAGAAGACUCCGGAUUACCACAAUUGGAACUUGGUUAUUCGACACUCCCUUGUUGUGGCUUGUGCACAAGUCAAAAACCCCCAGGCAAUUGUCACCUACGAUGUUGAAAUGACGAUUUUGAGAGAAGAUUACCCAAAGCACCCUGCUAUGGUCCUUUUUGAUCUCUCGGUGGGACAUAACAAUCCCAGUAAUGACGAAUUACUACAAGGUCUGAAGGGUCUGGUUGAGGAGAUACCUCUCACAGAUAUGAACAUGCCGAUAAUUUUCCAGUUUGCCCGGUCUCUGGGCCAUACAGGUGGUUCGGAUCACGGAAUGGAAGCAUUUCGAAUUUUGCUUAUGCGCUCUUUGCCAACAAGGGAAUGGACAGAGAAAUGCCUUGUUGCUUUCCUUCUACUUUUGAGCAGAUCGGAGGUCUCUGAUUCUAAGCGCAUUCGCAGCCUCCGGUGUGUGAUCGACGCACUAGAGAAACGUGGAUAUCCAUCAAUCAGUGCCAGAGCAGCUCAUGCCACCGUGAUUUGCCUCUGGAAAAUGACUGGCAAUGCACUUCUCAAGAAGGACUACUGGACUGCACAACUAUGGCUUCAGGUGUGCAGUGAUCCAAAGAUUUUCCAACACUGCUCUAUGUCCAUCCAGAUUGCGAUACAAAAGAAGCUGGUAGCAUGCUACCUACAGACUGGGGAUACCACCGCUGCUCGCCGGUUAAUCGAUCGGGGUCUAGUCCAAAGUCAGGUUGAUUGCCAAAGGAUGUACUUGUCUUAUAAGUUGUGCUUGCUGGAGGGGAAAGACGGCUCUGGGUGUUUCUAUCUCGGCUUUCCUUUGCACCCUGUGCCACACAAGCAAAUGAGUCUAGUAUCAUGCGCAAUGGAAGCCCAGAGACAACGCAAACCAGAGGAAGUACUGAACUGCCUUGAUCAAUUCAUCAAAUGCUUGACUUCAGAUGACAUUUAUCAUCACGACUUUCCCGCCACCGAACAUUACAUAUUUGCAAUCACUCUUCUUUCUGAAGAGCUCUCCAAAGGCUUUAGCCAGAGGCUUGGCAACUGCAUCGAGGCUGUACUUCAGAGUGCCCUGGCUUAUGCAAAGGAGAACAGCAUGUUUGAGGGGGGAGAACAGGAGGUCUCAGUCACCCAACUGCAAUGGCUAUAUUUUGCAACUUACAAACUUGCUUUGAAACUUAUCAACUCUCCUGGUGUUAUAUGGGCUACUUCUGUCUUGAAUCACUCUAAAGAUUUUGCGCUUCAAUAUCGUCAGAUUGCAUACCCUGAGAUGGGCUCCAGAGCACCUAGACCGCAUUUAUUCGCGGUUGUUUAUCUCCGUCUCCUUGUUACCUCUUUCAAGGCCCGCCACGAGAACAAUCCGACUCAAAAGACAUCGCACUACGAGGAUUUACGCACUUGUUUCCAGGAACUCGAUGACUUGCACGGCUGGGAAGAUGGAGAAGAAGAGGCAGAUGAUGACGCGAAUUACAAAGAAGACAGGCACCAUGAUAUUGCGCAAUUUUUCGAUUUUGAGGCUGCCAUGCACCUCAAGAAGUGGGAUGAUGUUGCCAGCAUAUGUGCAUCUGACGACGCAUUCUCCAAUCCGAAGUUUUACGCACCUAUCAUGGAUCUAACUCUCCAAUUGAACCUGCCACCCAAACUGGCAAUCCAGAUCAUCAAGCGGAUUGUGUCAGAACUCAGCGAGCUACAGGAUCCCCCAUCCACGUGGCAGCUCGAUUUCAGGGUUUCCCUGCCUCGCUACCUCCAUUGUCUAUUCACUCUAGCAAUUGCACCGGCUCAAGACCCAAACAGUCCUGAAAUUGCUUUCCUCGACGUCAACAUGGCCGACCCCGAAGUUGCUGAAGAAGUGCUCGACAAAGUCCUCGCAAUGGCAACCGAAGAGGUAGCCGUUGAGGAGGGACACAAUGCACAGCACGGUCUGAAUGCCAUCCAGGCCGGUUCUGAACUCUGUGAAGUGUUUACGUAUCCAGCUGCGGAGUUGAUCAAGAUUGCUACCGUGGCUUUCAACAAAGCUACUGACUUUUACCGUGCUACCCAGGACGAAGACUGUCAGCGUUGGGCGAACAAAGCUAUUAGUAUUGCCCAGCUUGUGCCUAGUGAUCAGGGCAAACAACUGGUCAAUACGCUUCAGACUAGACUGGGAAGCUUGAUUGGAGUCUGA